UGGGUUUCACUUGCAACCCCGUGCACAACUCAUGAAUAAGAUAUUGAUUCUUUAGUGUCUUGUCUUUCCAAGCGAUCACAGAGUGGAGAGAGCAGCACUUCACAUCCAAGACGGCAGAUGGUACAACUGUUUGGGCGUCAACUGUUGCACACAUUUCUGCUGCCUCUUUAAAUUAGUAUUACUUCAGUAUCCGUUGCCGUGACUCCUGGAGGAGAUACGGUGGUUGUUGACAGUGCGUGUACUGCUUUGAAGUGAACUGACCCUUUGCUUUCAAACUCCAAUUGAAAGCUCCAUGGUGGAGUCCUAAACAGAGGGAUGACCCACUGUAGUGACAAUGAUGAGCAGAGUGAUGACGGAGCAGAAAAAGCCAACAAGAACCAGAAGAAGAGAAGUAAAGGAGAAAAGCAUGUGUCGUUCCCCCCUGAUGAACAGAUAGUAUCCGGCUUUGCUGAGCACAGGGACACGGACAGAAAGGUUGACAGCUGCCUCACCUUGACAGAGGUAAUGGUGGCGUACCAGCAGAGCUGCAGCAGACACCAGGUCCAACCCAGAGAACACAUCCUGCAGCAGCUCCAGCAGGGUGUGUGUGUAGGUGGCAGUGUGAAAUGUCUGGAUCUCAAAGGUGAGCGAUUAGACCACCGCUCCUGUGAAGCUCUGGAAGUCGUUCUGAAAUCGCUGCACUUUGAUUUCAUCAAUCUGCAGGCAGCCCAACUGGAAGAAAAUGGAGCAUCGUCCUUGCUGGAUAUGAUUUUGUACUAUGAAUCUACAACCCAUCUUGACAUUUCUGACAACAGCAGUAUGGGAACAUUGUGUUGGAGGGCCCUCGCUCAUUUGAUAAAGCAGAGUGUGCGUCUGUCCAGGCUGGAUGUGUGUAAUGUGCCCGUGGUCGACUACCCGGCCCAGUCUCUAUCUAAAGCUCUGCUGACCAGCCGGCUCACAGUGCUGCACCUUCACAAUGCCCAGCUCAGCGGCAUGCCACUAUACACACUGGUUGGUGCACUGAAGUCAAACAAGGCUUUGCAAGAGCUCCACCUUACCAACAACCUGCUGAACAGCUACCAGGACGCCCUGCAGCUCGGAGACCUGCUACGCUACAACACCACUUUACAGACGCUGGAGCUCAGCAGCAAUGUUGUAGCAGAUGCUGGUUUGGAGGAGCUGUGUGAUGGUCUGAGGUGGCAGACGGCAGGUGUGAGAGUCCUACUGCUGAGGAACAACCAGAUCACCACAAAUGGCAUGGUCCAUCUGGCCAAGGCUCUGCCCGUGCUGAAGGUCCUGCAGGUCAUGGAUUUGGGUGAGAACCUCCUGGGGAACGAGGGGAUGCAGGUGAUCAAGGAGCCUCUGAUGAUGAACUGCUCGCUGCUGCACCUCGGCCUGGCCCAAGCCAACAUCACAUGUGAAGGUGCUGUGGCGUUGGCAGAGUUCCUUGCAGAGAGUGGUCAGAUUCAGCGGCUGGACCUCCGUCAGAAUGAGGUGAAGGUCGGAGGCCUGAUGGCCUUAUGUCUGGCCCUGAGAAUCAACCGUUCUCUUGCUGGCCUGGAUUUGGACCAUAUACCCCCACAGGAGCAGGAUGAGUUUCUGAUGGAGACUCAGACGAGGCUUCGGUCAGAGAUCACUCAGCGCUGCCUCGCCAACGCCAGCCGCUCCCUCCUCACCGCAGACGCCUCUGAGACUUUACCCGCCGAGGCCGACGGACGAGCUGACGACAUGACUACAGCCUGAGCUCACACACACACACACACACACACACGCAGAGGAGGAAAAAUGGCUAACCUUGUACAGAUCACCUCAGAAAGCACUCAUGGAUUCAGUCAUACAGACGCUGUGCCCCAGUGUCCCAAACCCAAACAGCUGACUAGCAGAUAUAUGCGAAUAAUAAUUCUAUCGCAAAUAAUGAUAACCAUAAAACUCCAAAUCCGGGUAAUAAAGGCGGAGUAGAGCUCCCUAAUGAAACGCCAGCCUCCCCGCUGCUUCCCGCCUAAUGUUCCCGCCGAGCCGCUCGCCACUUUCCAUAAAGCAAUUUUGCAAGCCCACUUCAAACGUGAAUCACCUAGAAAUGAAGAGAUAUGCCCUCCCCACCCCCCCACAUCCCCCCCACCCCUCUGAACUCCCCCACCUUCACCCCCUCCACUCCCUACGACACCCACACCGGAUCUCCGUCUGUGUGUCUAUGUCGCAAAUCCCUGUUUGCUUGUGUUCCAUCAUCACUUAAUGUUCACAGUGAUGCAUUGCGGGACACUCCUCAGAGGUGUGUGUGUGUGCGUGUAUGUGUGUGUGUGUGUGUGUGUGUGUGCGUGUGUGUGUGUGUGUGUAGGGAUGUAGCGUCAUUACUCUGACAGAGGUAGCAGCCAUGAACUCAGCCAAGUUCCAUCUGCAUUAAUCAGAGAGAAGCGCAGGCAGGCAGACGUUCAACAGCAAUACAAAGUGAAACAAUUGAGCACAUCCAGCUCCAGUGUGUCUGUCUGUCCGUCUGUCUGUCUGUCAGGAGGUCUGCGUGGUGGUACACACUGCUGGAAGAGCAGAGGGACGGGCUGGGUUAUCAUCACACACACAGGAAGCCUUAUGUGCUGUUUAACUGUUAUUUCAGUGGUUUGCUGCUUAAUGUUGUCCAUCUAGUAAACUAUCAACCCGGUCUCAUGGAAGGCGUAGAAAUACCAGGACAUUACACGGACGUUCCACGUGUCAUGAGUACGUAUUUUAGCCUUUUUUUGCGUGCCAUUUGUACGCCACGCAAGCGUCCACAGGCAAGAAAACCAUUAACUUAGGUUCAGGGGUCAGCAACCUGCGGCUCCGGAGCCACAUGCGGCUCUUUAACUCCUCUCCAGUGGCUCUCUGUGGAUUUUUAAAAAUGGAAAUGAAUAACUGUUUUUUGUUUACAUUUUCAAUUUUAUUUAUCAUUGUUGUAGGUCUAUGGUACGACGGUACGACGGAGUAUUAGGGCCACAUUGAGGAAAGAAAUUAAACUGAGAUUUCGAGGAUAGAGUCAUAAUAUUACGAGAAUAAAGUCAUAGGUUUACAAGAAAAGAAGUCGUAGUAUUAUGAGAAUAAAGUCAUAAUAUAAAGUAGUAAUUUUAUGUAUUAUUUUC